AUGAGCAACUUGGAAGUGGCGCAGUACCUGCUGCAGCAUGGCCUCGAAGGAUUGGAUGGUGUGCUCUUCCUCAACGAGCGCAACGAGCGGGUGGACCUGGCUGGGGCCACUGUGGUGUUGGAGCGCGACAGCAUGAAGAUUAUCGAGCUGGCCCAAUGCGGCUUGAGCCCCGAGCAGCGCUUCACCUUCUAUGACCAUGUUCACACCACAGGUAUGGAUGUGAAACAGCCCUUGUUGUGCACUGCGGCUCUCACCUUGAGCAAGGACAUGACUUUACGGGACUACGCCCAGGGUGCGUACCGCAUGCGCGGUAUAGGCCGUGGACAACGUAUCGAAGUCUUGCUGACGCCCGAGGUGAGGUCGCUGAUGACCAA